GCCGUGGUGGUGGUGGUGGUGGUGGCGCCGCCGCCGCCGCCGCCGCCGCUGUUUCUUCUGUCGCCGACGUCGCCGCCGCUGCCGCCAACCGGGCCCUGCCGAUCGGGCAGAUGCUGGAGGAGGAGCCCGCGGCUUGGAAGAAACGCGAAGAGCCGAAGAAGAAGAGGAGGAAAGAGAAAGGGAAGGAGCCAGUGAAUGGACACCCUCCCUUAUCAAAUGACAUACAGCUAAUUCCUGUGGAAGAAACAAAAGGUUCACUAGCUACAGAGAAGAAAUCUCUUAAGGCCAAGAAGAAAAAGCAGCGGUUAGAUGAGAGAUCAAAGGAGCCAAGUGUUUCAGGAAACAAAGAAAGAAAUGAGGAAGAAGCUGGGGACUGGGUUAUGAAAAUCAGCAAUCGGGAGAAACGUCAGUUGAGAAAGGAGCGUCAAAAGAAGAAGUGUGACACAACAGGUUUCUUUGAUCCUAGUUUUCCACUUUAUUCUGAUGGAAGUAGGACUGCUUCAAGAACAGCUAAGGACAACAGGGGUUCAGAUGAUCAAGAAGAGACCAUGGCAUGGAGUGCUCCACCUGAUUCUCUAGGUGAUACAGUGUGCAGCUGGAAUGAGGCAACUGACAAAGCCAGCGCUUGGACAGCGGGAGGAGAUGCGAACUCUAUGUCCUGGGGACCCUCGGAGAAACCAAUGGCUACCUCAGGUUGGGGAGUAACAGCCAAGGACUUGAGCUGCAGUGGAGUCGACUGGGAUACUGCAGAUUCUGCUGAGCAGGACAUCUUCGCCAAUAUAGGAACAUGGGACAACAAGACGGGCGUGAGAAAACCUCCUGUGACCUUUGGAGCAUUUCCUGAUCCUCCCGAAGCAAUUACUCAAGACAAUACAUCAUCUCAAGAUAGUCCAUCAAGGUGUUACCUGAGUGCCUCAUUGUCGUCUCAUACAAUUGAUGAAGCAUGGCUUGGACUAGAUGACCCCUUUGCCGUUGACCUUAACUCAGAUUGGAGCCCACCAACAGAGGAAUGGGGCAACUGGACAGGAGAGGAAAUGUUAACAGCCCAGGAAGUAGGAAAAGAGAAGCUGAAGGUGUCCGAUGAUGAGGAAGAAAAAUCUCAGGUGAGCUCUGCAGGCAGUGGGAAGUCAAAACGAAAGAAGAAAAAGAAGAAGAGCAAGCAAUCGGAGGAUUCCGUUGGCAGCGAGGAGCAUGUAAACAGUUCAUGAUCUCCUUACACCUGGCUUGUCCAACCUUUUCGCUUGGGACACGGGAAAUGGAACAUUUCCAUUUUUUUCCCCCCUC